GGAAAGAUUAAUAAUAUAAUAUGGAAGAAGAGAAAAACAGCUCGACGAGUAGUGAUGAGAUUGAGGAUGAGUCUAUUUUAGGAGAGUUUGGUGUGCAAAAGAAGUUCUUCUUUAUAUUCUGGAAGAAGUAUGACCUUGUAGUUACUGAUAUGAGGUUAGUUAUCCUCUACAAAAACGGAGACUUAGACAACCAAGAUGAUAUCAAAAGAAGCAUUAGUUAUCCUAAGAUCAAGGGGAUCACCAAAAGUACAAGCGACAACCCGACUAGUUUCGUAAUUCAUUGUAGGAACAUGGAGGAUGAAUACCUCUACUGAAAAGACAUCAGUGAGCCCCUUGAAUUGAUUAAAAAGGUCUAUGCCUCCUUAUCGAAGAAGAAUUUACCGAUAUUUGGAAAGCCAACUAACGAUCUUGCCACCUGGACUACCACCUAUAAGGAUGCAAUGAUAGGGAUCUCUAGAAUUCCUUUGAAAAGGGAGAGACUUAAGGAUGAAAGAGUCCUCACAGAUGAGUCAUCCUCAGACGAUGAUGAAGAAGAGAAGGAACUUUUCAACGAAUUCUUCCUCAUUGACAGAGAAGAAUGUCUAGAAGCCAUUAAGGACAACGAAGAUUGGAAUGACGAUCGCCAUAUUAACAGAGAAAACAAGAACAUGAAGGAUGGAAAGUCUAAACUAAUCUUUACAAAAAAUUCCAAGAAGGAAGAGUCUAAAGAAGACCCUACUACUCUUGAAGAUUUUGAAAUCCUUAAAUUGAUCGACAAGGGUUCAUUCGGAAAGGUAUUUUUAGUCAGAAACAAGGACAACCAAAAAUGAUAUGCUAUGAAGAGAAUUAGGAAGGAUAUUCUCAUUGAAAAGGGACAAGUUCAGAAUACUAAAAAUGAGAAGGAAAUCUUACUCAACAUUGAACAUCCUUUCUUGCUCGGAAUGGACUUUGUCUUCGAGAAUGAUCAUAGGAUCUACUUCUUCCUUGACUAUGUUAAGGGAGGAAACUUGUUUGAAAGCUUGUUUACAAUUAGGAGAUUCCCUGAAGAAGCUGUAAAGUUCAUUGCAGCCCAACUAGUGCUAGCUAUCAGCUGUUUGCAUAAUAAUGAUAUUGUUCACCGAGAUUUAAAGCCUGAAAAUGUUCUUCUUGAAGAAGAUGGUUACAUCAAACUAGCAGACUUUGGGUUGGCCAAAUUCUUAUUUGAUCAUAAGCAACCCACUUAUAGUUUCUGUGGCACUGCAGAGUACCUCGCACCAGAAAUUUUGGAGAUGAAAGGCCAUGAUUUUGCAGUUGAUUGGUGGACAUUAGGCAUUCUCAUUUAUGAGCUCAGAGUUGGAAGACCUCCAUUUUUGGACAAAAACCAUCAAAGAUUGGGUAAAUUGAUUAAAAAGGGAAAAAUCAUUUUCCCAGAUCCAAUAAGGCAUAAAAUUGACAUGUCUGAAGAACUGAAAGACUUAAUUUUGAAAUUUUUAGACAGAAACCCAAAAGAAAGAAUUGGGUCUAGUGGACAUGACGACAUCUUUGACCACCCUUGGUUUGCAGAUAUUGACUUUGAGGCCAUAAAAAACAAAGAGGUAGAUGCUCCUUACAAACCCGAUUUGAAGAAUAAGAUAAAGAACCCUAAUAGUCAUGACUACAAAAAAGCAGAAGAAAUGGUAAGGACUGAGACCAUUCUUGAGAGUAAAGCAAAGGACCUGAUCGAAAGCAAUGUCGAUAAGUUCGACAAAUUCUAA